UAGCACAUUUUCGCUAGUGCCACGACUGCCGACGAUCGGGACACCACUGGUCCCGCUCCCCGCUACACGCCAUCAACAAAGGCUGGAGCAGCAGCCAUAAUAUAUGAUAAUUGGAGCCAGAGCCAAAGCCACUGGCAUGGCAGUGUAGUGUAGCGUAACAUUUGCCACUAGGCCGCCCCCGUAAAUUGACUUGUGGCUUGACAUUUUCAGUGCUGCUGCGGAUGAAGCGGACUGUGAACUGUGAUUGAACAGUGGCCAGUGGCCGGGAGAAAUGCAGCUGUGACUAUGCGACAACAAACGAUCUCACCAGAAGAUCCAACUACCACCAGCACCAACCCCAGCAGCAGCGCUAGCUAAAAAUUAAGGCUCUACUCCGCUUAGCCGAGCAGCAGUGCGUGUGCAUCGGGUCACAGAUAGGCGGCACACGUCCAGCCAACUAAUCAACGUAGCAACCAACCAACCAACAAGAAGCGGCUGAGCAGAACCAACCAAUGUUGCUAGUGCGGCAGCUGUUUGGCGCAUCGGCAAACUCAUGGGUGCGAGCCCUUGUCAUCUUUGUGCUGGCCUGGGUGGCACUCGUCUACGUGUUCGUGGUGAAGCUGACCAGCACACAGAGCCAGCAGGCGACGGGAGAGAACGAGAUCAGUGCGCGCCGCAUCACCCAGGCCCUGCAGCUGCUCGAGCACACGAAGCAGCGCAACGCGGAGCUCAAGCAGCUUAUUGAUGAGUUGAUGAGCGACCAACUGGACAAACAGAGCGCCCUGAAGCUAGUACAAAAGUUGGAGAACGAUCCACUGAACCCAAAGCAGGGGCUGGAGAGUCUGGGGGCGGAGCCCGAGGGGUUCUUUGAUUCUGCACCGGCAGAUCUGAGGGGUUGGAACAAUGGCGAAGGUGGAAACGAUCCGCAGGCAGAUCUCUUGGCAGGUGACGAUCUGGUGCAUGGCGAACCCAGUCUGGAGUACGAGUUUACGAGGCGACGCAUCCAGACGAACAUUGGGGAGAUCUGGAACUACUUCAGCAGCGAGCUGGCGAAGAUCAGCAAGGUGGUGGCCAGCAAGGGGCACAAAGAGUUGGAGGAGUCCAUCAGCCAGGUGCUGGUGCAGGGUGCAGAGCACAAGCGAUCGCUCCUCAGCGACAUGGAGCACAUGCGUCGCUCGGACGGCUACGAGACCUGGCGCCACAAGGAGGCCAGAGACUUGAGCGACUUGGUACAGCGGCGUCUCAACCACCUGCAGAAUCCCAGCGACUGUCAAAAUGCUCGCAAGCUGGUCUGCAAGCUCAACAAGGGCUGUGGCUAUGGCUGUCAGCUUCACCAUGUGGUUUACUGCUUUAUUGUUGCGUAUGCCACGGAGCGCACCAUGAUCCUCAAGUCGCGUGGCUGGCGCUAUCACAAGGGUGGCUGGGAGGAGGUUUUCCAGCCGAUCUCGAAGGGUUGCCACAUCGCGGGCACCGCCAAUGCCUACAACUGGCCGGGCAAGCCCAAUACUCAGGUCCUGGUGCUGCCGAUCAUUGACUCGCUGAUGCCGCGACCGCCGUACCUGCCGUUGGCCGUGCCCGAGGAUCUGGCGCCGCGUCUCAAGCGACUGCACGGUGAUCCCAUUGUCUGGUGGGUGGGCCAGUUCCUGAAGUACCUUCUGCGACCGCAACAGCCGACGCGCGAAUUCCUCUUCGCCGGCAUGCGAAACCUGGGCUUUGAGCGUCCCAUUGUGGGCGUUCAUGUGCGUCGCACGGAUAAGGUGGGUACGGAGGCGGCAUGCCAUAGCAUCGGGGAGUACAUGACUCAUGUGGAGGACUACUACCGAACGCUGGAGAUCAACGGGAGCAGCGUGGUGCGACGCGUCUUUCUAGCCUCGGACGAUGCCAACGUCAUCGAAGAGGCACGCGAAAAGUAUCCGCACUAUCAGAUCAUCGGUGAUCCAGAGGUGGCUCGCAUGGCGUCCGUCUCCACGCGCUACACGGACACAGCUCUCAACGGGAUCAUACUGGACAUCCAUCUGCUGUCCAUGUCCGACCAUCUGGUGUGCACCUUCUCCUCGCAAGUCUGCCGCACGGCGUACGAGAUCAUGCAGACCAUGUACCCGGAUGCCUCGCAUCGCUUCAAAUCGCUGGACGACAUCUACUAUUACGGCGGUCAGAAUGCUCACAAUCGUCGUGUGGUCAUCGCCCACAGUCCGCGCACCCACGAGGAUCUUCAGCUGCGUGUCGACGAUCUAGUAUCGGUGGCUGGCAAUCACUGGGACGGCAACUCCAAGGGCAAGAACACGCGCACCAAUCAGGUCGGUCUCUUUCCCUCCUUCAAGGUGGAGGAGAAAAUUGAUACCGCCAAGCUGCCCCUAUAUCCGGGUAUCUAGUUCCAGUUAAAGUUACAAAUCCCAACGCAUCUUCAACCAUCGACCAGUGGCAAAUGUUGUUGACUAACGUUUUGUGCCACCGAUCGCCAGUUGUUCCCCAAUUAGGUUUACUUUUUGGAGAAUCUCUUCUGCCGCAUUCCGACCUGGAAGCUGUGGUGCUGCAAGUUCAAGUUCAAAUUUAGAUACAGAAUCUAUGGAAUGUGGAAUCUCGUAAUGUGGAGUGUGGAAUCUCCAGUCCGAUUGCUCUCUCAAUGCACACACACACACAUACACACACAUACACACAUAUACACACACAACACACACAACACACACUGUCUCCUCACUUGACCUUGGUGUAUGUUCCCGCUAGGUUCCUGUUGCACUCACACCGUUGGUGCGCACUCACUUAUCUCGAUUCUUAUUUAAUUCUGCAUUUUUUGUAAAGCCUUUUAUUAUUAUAUUAUAAGUCGAAGCCGAAGAAAUUAUGAUGACAAGAUUGUAAAAGUCCUUUUUUAUUACAUUGUAAAUCGUAGCCGAAGAAACAUUGAUGACAAGCAAAAACCCAUAAAUACUUAUACAUAUAUAAAAAAAUUAUAUAUAUAAAUAGGAGCAGUGCAGUGCAUGUAGGGUUCAGUAAGCGCAAUAUAGUGUAACCUCUGUAAAAUAAAACAAAAACACAGUCUACGUAAACACAAUCGUCAAUAGAA